CUACUUCCGGGUCCUGCGUAGACAUUGAAAGAGUGGCGCGAGAAGCUGCAGGCAAUUAAUUUGAUAGCACAUAUCAAUGGCUCUAACACAAUCAUCAUUCUUACUGGGCUCCAAUGAGAGUGAUUCUGAGGAGUUGCCAACCUUUGACUUUCUGAAGAAGGAACCAUCUUCAACAAGGAGGCAGCCUCAGAGAGUGGAGAAGGUUUUAAUGAUUGACAUCUCAGAUUCUGAGGCUUCUUAUCCUCCAUCACCAGGGUUGAAAAAUUCACCACCUGUCCCAGACACAGCUGAAACUCUCACACAAGCAGAGCCUGUCAGAGUGCUAAGCAGUGGAAGUGAGGAUGAAGAGAAAUUUAUUCCCCUGGCUGAGAGGCUUACAUGUAAGUUUUUGUCACACAAGCAGCUAAGCCCUGAGGAUUCCAGCUCCUCAGUGAAAAGUACUUUGGAUUAUCAAAAUAACAAAGGAGCCUCAUGUAACUGGAAAACACAGCCGUUUCUAAAGAUCCCUGAUUUUCCCCUCCAUGAUACCUCAGAGAGGAGUACAAUAGAUAACCAGGACCCUGUCUUAGACAAUCCAUGCCAUCAGCUUCUAGCCUAUCGGUCUACCUGCCUUGCCCAGAGCAACCGGUUGGCAAUAACCAAAACAAACUCUGACAUCCUCCCACCUCAGAAGAAAACCAAGCAUAGUCAGAAGGUCCAGAGAAGAGGCUCUCAAGAAUGUCAUCCACAAGGACAAGCAAGCUGGAAGGAAAGCACCCUGAGACAGCAGGAAAGGAAAAAGAAGGCAGCACUGGUCAACAGGCUGAAAGCCCAGAGGCCAGAGGAAUGCUUAAAGCACAUCAUCGUGGUACUGGAUCCAGUGCUUUUACAAAUGGAAGGUGGGGGUCAGCUCCUCGGAGCCCUGCAGUCCAUGGAGUGCUGUUGUGUGAUUGAAACCCAGGCUGUGCCUUGCAGUAUCACAUGGAGAAGAAGAGCAGGACUGGCUGAGGAUGGAGAGGACUGGGUGGAGGAGCCUAUAAUCCUGGUGUUGCUGAUGGCAGAGGCUUUCGUGUCCAUGGUCUACAACUUAAAGCAGGGAAGCCCUGGCAGCACCAAGGAAGGGAAGGAAACCCUUCAGGACUUCGUAACUAACAUCACAGCAAGGACAGGGGGAAAAGCACUGUCUCUGGUGAUUGUGGACCGGGAGAAAUGCUUCAGCCUGGAACUGUUGUCCUUCUUUGAUUUGCUUGCUUCCUUCAGGACUCAGAAUCCUCCAAGGAGAAGGAAAUCAGGAGUGGUAAAUAAACAGGCCAAGGAAAAGCAACAGAGACUACAAGAGCCCAGCACAAGGUCCAUGGUAUCCAGGGUAGACAUGGAAGAGGCACUGGUGGAUCUGCAGCUACACACAGAAGCCCAGGCUCGGAUUGUACAGAGCUGGAAAGAGCUGGCUGAUUUUGUCUGCACCUUCACAAAGGCUGUGGCUGAGGUGCCCUUCAAGAGGCUCCGAGAUCAAACUAGCUUCUCGUUCUGCCUGGAGAGUGACUGGGCUGGAGGGGUAAAGGUAGACCGUGCUGGUAGGGGACUCGCACUGGUCUGGAGGAGGCAGAUUCAGCAAUUGAAUCGAGUUAGCCUGGAAAUGGCCAGUGCCAUUGUGGAUGCCUACCCUUCCCCACAGCUCCUGGUGCAGGCUUAUCGGCAGUGUUUUUUGGAGCAAGAACGCCAGAAUUUGCUGGCAGACAUACAGGUGCGCCGUGGGGAAGGUGUGACUUCCACCUCACGCCGUGUUGGGCCGGAGCUGUCCAGGCGCAUCUACCUUCAGAUGACUUCUGUACAACCAGAUCUCUCCUUAGACAGUGCUGACUGAUGCUAGACCACAGGCACAGAAUGAAAGCUGGAGCUUCCACAGCUUCAGAACCUGACAGCAGUGAGAUUCGAAGCACCUCCUGGGCACAGGCCUGGUUUUCUCCUUAUUUGUGAGUGUCCCUCCCGGUGACCCUUGCAUCUACCUUCACCAGCAUUUAUUCCUCUCCCAGCAAAACUCAGCACCAUGGACAAACCACCCUACCUUGCCCCAGCCAGCCAUCAAAACACAAAGGAGCAAAGACAGACCACUCAGACACGGAUUUAAUAAUUGUAGAAAUCCAAAAGAAUCAGCAUCAAAUCUCAAAGUCAGAGUGAACUCUUGCCUGCAAAUUGGCUUGACUAAGCUCAGCCACUGAGCUGCCUCAACCAGCCAAGGAACUCUGAUGACUAGGCUGACUUCUUUGUUACCUUCAUCUCAUCGUAUGUAUUAUGUGUUUAGUUUCAAUAAAGCAUUUGUACCAAUGGCUCUGGAGCUUGGAGGAAGACUAAAGGAAUGUGUAGUGAUUCUGAGUAAGGUGUGGACCUACACAGCAGAGCUAUCUUUAGGGGAGGAGAGAACAAAGUCCUUUCUUCCAGUAUCAGGACAGUUGUGAGUGGCAAACCUAUCCAGAUGGGCCCCUAGGGAAAA